AUGCUGUACCUCGCCUUUGCCGUCCUCACAGCGUUUUUGGCCACCACGUCCGCCCACAACAUCCAGAUGAAGGCGCACUCACGCGAAUGCUUCCACGAACAGCUACACAAGGAUGACAAGAUGACGGUCACAUUUCAAGUGGGCGACAGAGAAUUUGGCGGAAGCGGAAACCUGGAGCUCGACUUUUGGAUACAAAAACCCGACAACUCAUACCAAGUGCACGAACGCGCCGUGUCGGCCGGUGACCACUCCUUCGAAGCGCCCAUAGACGGCCGGUACACGUAUUGCUUUAGCAACGAGCAUUGGUCGGCCAACACGAAGGAGGUCUCGUUCAACGUCCAUGGAAUUGUUUAUGUCCCGGAGUCAGAGGCGCCGCAAGAUCCACUGGAGAAGGAAGUGCGCCAGUUGUCCGAGCUCGUGGCGCAAGUGAAGGAUGAGCAGGGAUACAUCAUUAUACGGGAGCGGACACACAGGAACACAGCGGAGAGCACAAAUGCUAGGGUCAAGUGGUGGAGUAUUUUCCAGCUGCUGGUUCUGCUUGGGGAGGGCAUUUUCCAGGUCUGGUGGUUGAAGAGAUUCUUUGAGGUCCCCGUCGGUCCAUGGCCCAGCCACCCUAAACUCAAAGAGCUCGGCCGCUACGAGCGCGCGCAGAUGAAAGGUUCGCUCGAGGCGCAUUCUGUUGCUCUGUACACGCAGGUGCUGAACUACUCCCUGGACCAGGUGAAAGUGAUCUUGGGAGUGGUCAAGAAGGAGCUCAAUGAUCCGAGUUUGCAAUGGUACACAUUUUACCGGGUCGUUUAUGUUUAUGGGAAGUCCCCUAAAGUGUAA